AUGAGUUCAAUCAUUGUGAAUAGAUGGGUUUGUCCCAAUUCUUCGUUGAAGAAAACAAUCACAACCAAACACCAAACUCUCAUUCCCUUUCUAGCUGUUCCCAAUUCUUUGUUGACCAAUCAACACACAAGAAAUUUGGUUUCUUCUUUUUCUUCUAACAAAAUCUCUGCAGUUCACACUAGUGCAGACAGAGGAACCGAAGAAACCGUAUCGAAUUUCGAUUUCAAUGUCUACAUGCUAGAAAAAGCUAGUAUUGUUAACAAAGCAUUGGAUGAAUCAAUUGCACUUCAAGAGCCAGUGAAGAUUCAUGAAGCAAUGCGAUAUUCCCUCCUUGCUGGAGGGAAACGCGUCCGUCCAAUUCUCUGCAUUGCUGCCUGCGAACUCGUAGGCGGCAAAGCAGAAGCAUCUAUCGCAUCGGCAUGUGCUCUGGAAAUGAUCCACACCAUGUCGUUGAUCCAUGACGAUUUACCGUGCAUGGACAACGACGAUCUGAGACGUGGAAAGCCAACGAGCCACAAAGUCUACGGCGAGGACGUGGCUGUCCUUGCCGGAGACGCGUUGCUUUCGUUGGCUUUUGAACACGUUGCCGUUGCAAGUGAAGGAGUCCCGCCUGAGAAAGUUGUUAGAGCGAUUGCUGAGCUGGCGAAAUCAGUUGGAAAGGAAGGACUAGUUGCAGGGCAGAUUGUUGAUUUGGAAUCUGAAGGUUUAUCGAAUGUUGAUUUAGAGACACUCGAGUUCAUUCAUCUGCGGAAAACGGCGGCUUUACUGGAAGCUUCGGUUGUUAUGGGAGCAAUAGUUGGUGGUGGAAGUCAAGAAGAAAUUGAGAUUUUGAGAAAAUUUGCUAAGUGUAUCGGUUUGUUGUUUCAGGUUGUUGAUGAUAUUCUUGAUGUUACAAAAUCUUCAGAGGAAUUGGGGAAAACUGCAGGGAAAGAUUUGGUUGCUGAUAAAGUUACAUAUCCUAAGCUUUUGGGAUUGGAAAAAUCAAAACAGUUUGCUGAAAAAUUGGUUAAGGAUGCACAUGAUUGUCUGGUUGGUUUUGAUUUUGAAAAGAGUGCUCCUUUGCUUGCUUUAACUAAUUACAUUGCUUAUAGGCAAAAUUAA